CUUGUAUAAAUUCGCGAUUCAAUCUGAUAAUAUUGGUACCUGGGUACGGUACGGUUGACCAGAUCGAGUGACAAUAUGGAUCCGAGCUACAAGGCUCGCAAAGAAGCUUUCGUGUCAAAUCUCGCGGGAGGAACCAUCCUCGAGAUCAAUGCCGUCAGUUUAGUCGCGCCGGCCUCGAUCUUUGUAUGGUCGGUCCUGCAAUCUCGACUGUCCUUUUUCACACCCAACAGCCCAGCAGCACUGGUGGCAGACUUCUUCCUCAAUGUCCUAGGCAUCCUGUUCGCGACAACGGUGUACUCCUCUGCACCAUGGGUCCUGAACCUCCUUCUUAUCUCUCCAGCAAUUUUGCUGCUCUUCAACCAGCCGUCGUCUCGCGCGCAGCAAAAAGCGAAACCCCCGCGCGCAUCAACAGCCGGUAAAGAUGCCUCAAAGCAAUCACCAUCAGAGUCGUCCUCCUCCCUCCCCAUCCACCCGUUCCUCACGACCUACCGCGGCGCCAUGAUGAUCAUUACCUGCAUCGCAAUUCUCGCCGUCGACUUCCGCAUCUUCCCGCGCCGGUUCGCCAAGGUCGAAAAUUGGGGCACAUCCCUCAUGGACCUAGGCGUCGGAUCGUUCGUCUUCUCCGGCGGCGUCGUGUCCGCGCGGUCUGGUCUCAAACUCCAGAGCGACAACACCGCCGCAAAGCGCACGCUCGCGCAGAGACUCGCAUCUUCCAUGCGCCACUCCAUCCCACUGCUCGUGCUGGGCCUAAUCCGCCUAUACAGCGUCAAGGGACUGGACUACGCAGAGCACGUAACCGAGUACGGCGUGCACUGGAACUUCUUCUUCACGCUGGGGCUCCUCCCGCCCUUCGUCGAGAUCUUCGACGCGCUAUACGCGCUCAUCCCGUCUUACGAGAUCCUAUCCCUAGUAAUCGCCUUCCUCUACCAGGUCGCGCUCGAGUCGACCGACCUCAAAAGCUACAUCCUGGUAUCCCCCCGCGGACCCGACCUCCUCUCCAAGAACCGCGAAGGCAUCUUCUCCUUCCUAGGCUACCUUGCCAUCUUCCUCUGCGGCCGCGCGACCGGCAUGCGCGUCAUCCCGCGCGGCACCUCAGCAAGCACAUCCCCCGCCCAAGCGCGCAAGAACGUCCUCCUCAGCCUAGCCAUCCAGACCCUCCUCUGGACAGGCCUCUUCCUGCUAAACUCAACCUACGCCCUCGGCUACGGCGCCAACAUCCCCGUCUCGCGCCGCCUAGCAAACAUGCCCUACGUGCUCUGGGUAUCAGCCUUCAACAACGCACAACUCCUCCUCUUCUGCCUCGCCGAAACGCUCUUCUUCCCCUCCGUGCACCGCGCGACCGGCAAAGACGGCGAGCGCGAGCGCACGGCGUUCGCGACGAGUCGCAUCAUGGCGGCGUUUAACCGGAACGGCCUGGCGCUGUUUUUGAUUGCGAAUUUGCUGACGGGCGCUGUCAAUCUGGGCUUUAAUACGCUGGAUAUGAGUACCGCUCAGGCGGUGGGUGUUUUGGUGGGGUAUGCGGCUGUUGUGACGGGUGUUGCGGUGGGGUUGGAUGUAGCUGAUGUCAAGCUUACCUUGUAGUUCUUUACUAUUUUGUUUGUAUAUAUAGUGGGGCUUUGAGUCGCCGCGGAUGCAUAAAAGAUAAUCUAAUAGUGC